CUUUUCUUGGUUGCCAAUAAUGGGUAUCGAAGUAAACCAGAGGUAUAAAAACCUGAUGGCACUAAUAAAACUCUCAUCCAGCGUCUCUUCUACACUGGUCCGCCGGCGACUGCCCUUAGUUGGUGCAUUUUGUGUGCUGAGUUUGGGAAUCUCCAAUCUCUACCCCUCACUCUCUUUCUCCUCCAAAACGGGUUGUGCUCAGUCCCUCCAUUUCGCCCCUCUCUUACGAUCCAAGAUUGGUAGCAAAACGCCGGAGAAAAGUGUUAGUAUUGUAAGAAUGGAAGCAAAUAACAAGACUGUGCCCAGUAUUGUUGUGUAUGUUACUGUCCCGAACAAAGAAGCAGGCAAGAAACUUGCAGAAAGCAUAGUGAAAGAAAAACUUGCAGCAUGUGUAAAUAGAGUACCAGGUAUAGAAUCAGUUUAUCAGUGGCAGGGAGAGAUACAAACUGAUUCUGAGGAGUUGCUUAUAAUCAAGACCAGGGAAUCCCUUUUGGAAGCUCUGACAGAGCAUGUUAAGGCAAAUCAUGAAUAUGAGGUCCCUGAAGUAAUUGCCAUGCCCAUAAUUGGUGGCAGCCUCCAGUACCUGGAAUGGGUUAAAAAUAGCACUAGGGACUGAACUCCUCUCAAGUGUAGGAAGCAGUGGAGUACCAGUAACCAUGAAGAAUAUAUCAAACUACAUUCCUGUUCGUUGUACAUCUCUCUUUCUCUCUCUCUGAGCACAGACUGCUCUGUACAUCUUUACUCGACCGGUGACAUUCUAUAUCAUGUUAAGUGAUGGUGUUUUUUUUGUUUUUUUGCUUACUUCUGUCCAUCAGUGAUAUAAUAAAAUGAUAUGCA